AUGGCAGCUAGAUGCCAAUGGUCAAUGCUUUAUGCCUUCAAGCUUUUUUGUGUCCAUAUAAUGGAGCAUAUAUUAACAUCAGCCAACACAACCCUAACUACCACCACUGCUCUACCCCCAUAUGAAUUGACCGAAACUGUCUCUCAGUUACCUAAGACAAGCUUACAUAUAUGUGACACAUGUGGGAGAGGAUUUUCUCGCUACGACAACUUGGAGAGACACAAGCUAACCCAUCAGGCUGUGAAACCAUUUGUCUGUGAAGCUUGCGGGCGAGCCUUUUCUCGGAAGACCCACCUCAAGCGCCAUCAGUCUAUUCACACUGGUAUCAAACCAUUCAAGUGUAGCAUCUGUGGAUUUGGGUUCUCACAAAACGUGAACCUGACCAGACACAUGAAAACACACGAAAACUCUGUCACUUUGUAUGAACCUGCAGUACUCUAUCAACGAGAAAAGCCCUUUAAAUGUAAUCUGUGUGGUCGGGCAUUUUCUAGAAAUUGUGACUUGACACGCCACAUGAAAAACCAUGAAGAAAGCCUUUCUCAGCCUGCAGAGUCAAUGACUGUGACCCUGCCUUUGCCUCCGGCGACUCCCGCCUCAGUGACUAUUGCACAUGAAAAACCAUUUAAAUGUAACCUCUGUGGUUCUGUUUUCUCCAUCAAUAGUGAGCUUACAAAACAUAUGAAAAAGCAUAAAGGAUUACUACAGCAACAUGAAGAUACAAAGAUAUUUUUGCCACAAAGCAAUGGUGCUGGUAGUAUUAUCAGUCAGCCGGUACCCACCCAACAGUUGCAGACCCAGCCAUUAAUCCAGCAGCAACAACAGCAACUUCACAGUGAUCGGCCAUAUAUCUGCAGCCUCUGUAAUCGUUCCUUCUCUCGAAAUGGCGAUCUCACUCGGCACAUGCGCUCACAUCCUGAGAAUCCCCUGAACUGCAAAGAGUGUCUGAAGGCCUUCACAGAGAAGUCAGAUGCUGGUAUGCACGAGAUGAUACAUGCUGCUUUGAUGCCUCAUGUUUGUGAGACAUGUGAUGACCUCGAUCAUCAACCGCUACAACAGAUGGUUGAAAUACAAACUGAGGAGCAUGGUGAUGAUGACUUGACUCCUCGAGACCCUUCUGAGGUUCCCCAUUACAUGAAUAUAUGA